AUGCCCCCCGCGCUCAACCGGUCGUCGUCGGCAGCGGCAGCGGCGGCGAACGCCAAGAUGUAUUCGGCGCAGGGGCCGCACGUGGUGGGGCUGGACGAGAUCGAGGCGCUCAAGGCGUCGGCCAACAACCUCUUCGUCGAGGGCAAGUUCGGCCAGGCCAUCAUCGGUGAGUGCCGCGCCAGGCCAUCAUCGGUGAGUGCCGCGGCAGGCCAUCAUCG